AACACAACGUUGAGUCAGUAACUGCUGUUGUUCUGAGAUUUUCGGACGUGCAAAAAACGAAAGGUUAUUUUUUGUAACAAUACGACGAAUCAACUGAUUAAAAAUUCGCAAUUAAAUCCUACAACGGCGUCUGUACGUUUACAGUGACUUGAACUGUAUAAAUUCCCAAUAGAUCAUCGCCGGGACAGCCGAUAGCAAAGUUGUAGUCGAAAAAAAAUUUACAACGUCAGACAACCAUUUUGAUUUCAUUUCAACCUGAAAACUAAAAGAUUCAAGAUAUGAUUCGGGACAACGAACUGGUGGCACCGCCACAACAAAUGGCACAGUCUGCGUAUAUCAACAAUAUUAUGAGCGGAAUCAGCAGCACCGGCGGCGCCAUAAAAAAGACAAAUCAACGAGGAAAUCUCGGCAAGGAAAGAUUUGUAUCGAUAAGAAAGUUGGGUCAAGGCAGUUACGGCAGCGUUCAAUUGUGCACCGACAGAGAAACUAAUCAACAGGUAGCACUGAAAACAAUAAAAAAAGGCAAAGCAGAGUCGGUCUCCAGUCUUAUCAGAAAAAGAAGAGAAACGAAAAUUGCGAGCUCACUGCACCAUCCACAUAUUGCUCACGUUUUCGAAGUAUUUGAGCAUCAUGAUCAACUAAUUUUGGUGAUGGAAUAUGCGCCAGGUGGUGAGCUGUUCAGUUAUUUGUCUGUACGCAAAGUAUUGGAUGCGGAUGAAGCGCGGCGAAUUUUUCGACAGAUUUCAACUGCAGUUUACUAUUGUCAUAAGCAGAAAAUUUGCCAUAGAGAUCUCAAAUUGGAAAACAUUUUAUUAGACCAACAUGGGAACGUCAAGAUUACGGAUUUUGGUCUGUCAACCGUGUUCGAUAAUCAACGAUUUUUAGCUACAUUUUGCGGUUCAUGUCUAUACGCAUCACCGGAAUUGCUAAGCGAAGAACCAUAUCGGGGUCCCGAAGUGGAUUGUUGGUCGCUCGGCGUUGUAUUGUUCACAUUAGUUUACGGUAGUAUGCCGUUCAAUGCUAUCAGUUAUCCACAAUUGGUUACAAAAAUCAUUUCCGGCAAUUAUUUCGAACCAAAGAAUAAUCGGUCAACUGCUUCGCCCUUAAUUAAGGAAAUGCUGACGGUUUGUCCGCUACUUCGGGCAUCGAUAAGGGAAAUUUGCAGCCAUUCGUGGCUGAACAUCGGCUACAAUAAAUCAUGUUUAGACUUAGCUGAAGAACUAGCAAAUAAAUGUCCCGUUCGAUUGGACGCACUCCAUUCGCUUACACCAUCAGCUAUUACAGCAGAUUUUGGCCCGGUUGAAGAAUCUAAUUCGGGUGUACCAGCCCGACGGAAUUCGAUUCAUGAAAUAGGAAAUACUACGGCUGAACGACAAAUUCGACAAAUUGGUUACGAUGCUACGUCUCAACCAUCAAUCAACAAGAAUAUGAAAGUGCUUCCCUGCUCAGUUCGUUGUGAACCGAAAGCUGCCGAAGUUACAGCAUGCAAAGCCAAACGAUCUAUGAAAAAUUCAACAGCCUUGCAACAUCAAACAAAAACCAAGUCAGACAACCAAUUAGACAAAUUGUGUGAGAAAACGAAAAACGCUACUUUGUACGAGGAUAGUUUAGAAACGAUUUCUGACAAUGUUGUAUCAAUGUCACCUACUGCCAGCAAAUCUGAACGGAAAUCAGUCCGAUUCGUAUCGAAUGAAUGUCUAACAGAUCCGGAGCCAGAACAAAGCAGCCAUUCAUUGGUUUGUUGUUUUUUUACUGGCCAAUCAAGGCGUUAUGAUGAGGAACCGCCAUCUGACCCCGUUGCGGGAACGUUUACGAGAACAUCAGAAAGUAGCACGCCGAAAUCAUGUCUGAAGCCCACUACUUCACCACCAGCGAAAAACAAUACUAACAAGGAUAUUCAACAAGACACAACACAACCGAUGGAUUAGUGACGCCAUGAACCGGCAGUUUAUUGUGUGGAGUUUUGAUCGUAAAAUAUGUUUUAUGUUUCU